AGAGAAACAACCCAGAGGCAACGUCCACUUGCCAGCACAAGGAGCCAUUUCCACGCUGUUAUGGGAUUUAUUUCUAAUCCAGUCCUGUUAAAACACCAAGAAUGAGUGUUUCUCUGGGUCACAGAUACCUGUGGAUUGCCGCCAUUGUGCUUUUGCCUCAAGUGAAUUCUGGAUUAUUGUCUGACUGGAAGAUCUGUGGAGACUCUGAAUGUGAACGUAUGAUGAGCAGAGUGCGGGCGGUCAGGGACCACCGGGGUCAGGACUGCCGCUUUCUAAACUUCAGAACAGGAGACACAAUCACCGUUUACCACAAACUGGCCGGACGAAGGGAAGACCUCUGGGCAGGCACUAUUGACAAACAGUUUGGCUAUUUCCCAAAGGAUGCUGUGGUAGAGGAGCAAGUUUUUGCAACUACAGAGAAAGUGGUUGAGACACAGAAAUCUGAUUUCUUCUGCGUGGAUGAGUUCGGCUAUCUCAUUGACUCCUCUGACCUGGACGCGGAUGAUGAUUAUAGUGAUCAGGAAAUCCCCAUUCAGGACCCAGAAACCACCCAGAUCACUCCAAAAACUCAAGACCCAAGUGUCGAUACAUCUUCAGAAUCUCUGACUGGAGCACAGAAGGCAGAGGGAGUAGAGACAAAAGAAGCUGGAGAUGCAGCUGGACUUAAUGAGGAAGCUCACGAGACUCCUACAAGCGAAAACCAACAAGGUGGGUCUCCCUCCUCCUGGUUGGGUUCCAGAGCAACGGGAUGGUUAGGCCUGGGUAAAGGAGGGGAGCAGGAUGAGGAGAGGGGAGAGGAGGGAAAAGAAACCAGAACUGAGGAGUCGCUUGCCUCUUCUUUGACGGGAUGGCUGGGUUUUGGAGGAAACGGGAAACCAGAAGAAGCCUCGGAAAGUCCGAACAAGGAGGAAACGUUUGCUUCGACCAUGACCGGGAUGCUGGGCUUUGGAGGAGAGAAAAAACCAGAGGCGGCGGAAAACGAGAAAGACGAAGGAGGAGAAACGGAUGGAGAGCCCACAGAAACGUUCAGGAGCAGGAGGAUGUCUUUGGACCUGGAGGGAAGCCGGUUACAGGAAGAGGAGAAGGAAGAGACGGGGACGCUGGGUUGGCUGAGGAACGGGCUGUCCGAUAGGCUGGGCUUUGGAUCCACCAAUCAGGAUCCGGGACAGGAACCGAUUCAGGGAGAAGGUGAGGAUGAGCAGCCGGCGUCCGGUUCGUGGGUGGAUAUGGGAAUCGGGGGUAUUUUGGGCUUCGGAAAAGAAACUGUUGAAGCUGAGGAUAAAGGAAACGAGAAAAAAAAGGAUUCAGCCUCAGAACGACUGGAAGAGUUAGAGGAAAAACUCCCGGCUGAAGGUGGAGUAGCGUCCAUGUUUAACAGCUUUUUCCAAACAGGUGAUGCUAAAGAUAGGAAAACAGAAGCUGACAGUGAAAUAGAUGAGGAGAGAGCAGGAGAAAAGGAGGAUGGAGAUCAUCUGAAGUACGACUCAAAGCCAGAGGAGGGAGAAAUUAAUGAGCCUGAUCCCAGUUUCAGUGAGUCAAAGUGGAACUCCUCAGGAGAAGAAGAAAGUAACGAUGAGAAGGAUGGAAAAGAGAAUGUGUUGUUCAAAGAUCAUAAAGAAGAAGAACGUGACGGAGAGGAAAACGAAGUGAUCAGAGCUCAGACUGAGGAAUCAGAGAAAGCGAGUGGACAGAACCAGCUUUUCUUUUCAGCAUCUGAGAAUACUCACGAGCCAAUCCCUGCUGGGGAAAGUUUCACUCCUCCCAUUACUGAGAAUAACACUAAAAACUCAGAGAAAUUGGAGACAGGGACUCUUAAAGAAGAGUCUCUGAUAUCUGCUGAGAGUCUACAGGACAAAGCUCCAGAGGGAGAGAAGGAAGCCACUUCACCAAACCUGAAUCAGGAUUAUGUUUCUCCACAAGGUGAGAACAAGUUUAGAGCUGCAGAUGGACGAGAUCAAACAGAAACGGGGGAAAAAUCCCACUCAGAGGAAAACGAGUUGAGGGACGACCACCUAAAAUCAGCAGGAGCAGAAGAUGGGAAAGAGGAGGAUUUAAAUAAAGAGCAAAAGAGUGAAAGGAUGGAGAAGGAACAAGAGAAAGUGGACGAUUUAAGGGAAGAAGAGAAAGUUAGAGAUGAGAAGGAAGAAGUACGAGGAGAGGAGCAGCAAAAGGAAAGAGAGAUGGAAGAAGAAGAGAAACGGGAAUUAGAAAAGGAGGAGGAGGUAAAGGAAGGAAAAGAGUCAAAGGAGGAAGAAACAGAAGAACUAGAAUUUAAGAAGAUAAUGGAGGAUUUACUGGAGGAAGAAACAGUAAAUGAAGAUAAGAUAGAGAUGCAAAGACAGGAAGAGCAGAGAGAAACAGAGGUGGAAGAAGAGGAGAAAAAAGAAUUAGAAAAGGAAGAGGAGGUGAGAAAGGUAGAAGAGUCAAAGGAGGAAGAAACAGAAGAACUAGAAUUCAAGAAGAAAAUGGAGAACUUACAGGAGGAAGAAAAAGUCGAAGAGGAUAAGAAAGAGAUGCAAAGGGAGGAAGAGCAGAACGAAAUAGAGAUGGAAGAAGAGGAGAGAGAAAAUAGCAAAGAAUUGGACAAGAAUGAGGAGGUAAAGAAGGUAGAAGAGUCAGAAGAGGAGGACACAGAAGAAGUAGAAUUUAAGAGGAAAAUGGAGGAUUUACAGGAGGAAGAAACAGUAAAUAAAAGACAGGAAGAGCAGAGAGAAACAGAAGUGGAAGAAGAAGAGAAACAAGAAUUAGAUAAGGAGGAGGUAAGAAAGGUAGAAGAGUCAAAGGAGGAAGAAACAGAAGAAGAAUGGAAGAAGAAAAGCGAGGAAGUGAUGGAAACAAUGGCAGAAGAAGAUGAAACUAAAGGAAAAGAAGAACGGCAGGAGAUGGAAAAGUUAAAGUCGGAAACACUGGUCAGGACAGACGGGUCCGAGGAAUUUGAGUCAAAUGAGAAGACCGACAAAGGAGAAGAAAAGCAAGAAGAAGAGGAGGUGGAGAUAAGUCAGAGAGAUAAAGUCAAUGUGCCAGAAACAGAGAGCAAAUCAUGGCUUCCUGACACAGUCGGACAAACGGAAAAGACGGAAAGACGGAAAAGAGACGAGAGAGAAAAGAGAGAGGAAAGAAAGGAGGAUCUGGAAGAUCUAGAGAUGAAACAAGAGGACCACAAAAGCCUUCAGUGUUCAAAGGAGCUCUGCAGUCCAGGAAAUGAGGCAGAAACAGAGGGUUCAGAAACUGGAGGGGGUUCAGAAACUAUAUCAGAAACUAUAGGGGGCUCAGAAACUAUAGGAGGCUCAGAAACUAUAGGGGGUUCAGAAACUAUAGGGGGCUCAGAAACUAUAGGAGGCUCAGAAACUAUAGGGGGUUCAGAAACUAUAGGGGGCUCAGAAACUAUAGGGGGUUCAGAAACUAGAGGGGGUUCAGAGGUUUUAGGGGGUUCAGACUCUGGAGGGGGAGGAGCUUUCGGGGUCCUCCGAAGUGCUUUUGGACUCUUCAGCCGAACACCUUCUUCUGGAUCUCUUUCCCCGGUCCAGACCCCCCCGCCUCCAGACCUGGACCGGGUCACCGGACCCCCCCCCUCAGCCCCUCCCCCCCCACCAGAGGCCCAGCCGUACCCCCACAUCCUGGCCCAGCUCGGGGAGGCCGAAGUGGCCAUUUUGGUGGAGCUUUUCGGGUGGCAUAGGAUGCAGAUUUUGGAUGAUAUUUUGGGGCGUCCAGAGGCCGAAAACCAGGUGGAAGAUGGAUUAAUUCUGUCAGAUAUGCUUGGAAAGCUGGAUGUGCAUGUGGAGGCCCUGGUGGCCCCCAGUGGGAGGCUCUCCGACUUCCCCCAGGAAGACACGGAAAGGACCAAAACGCUCAUCGCGCUCCAGAAGCUGGAGAAUUUACUGAAAUCUGUGAAGGAAAGCUUCAACACAGGAAUGUCAGAAGUCAGUUAUCAGAAAGGUAUUCUCCUGUCAAACCACCUCAGCUGCCAUCAGAGACAGUUUAACCCAGUUUAA